AAGUUUACAGUGUGGCUAAAGAGACUUGCCUUUGUCGCGGGUGGCGCAGGUUAUGGGCCCUUCACAACCUUUAACCACAAACGCAAAGGUGAUGAGCCGCGUGCGGAAAGGAUCCUAUUAGUAUUUUCUCCAGCCCAUUGAUUUGUGUAUGAAAACAUAAUCUCCCCCUUCUGGGCUGUGUGCUUCGGAGUGAUCAGCUGAUGAAGAGAGUAGCAGCUCGCCGCUAUGCUGGUUUGCUAAUUCUCUCCCCCGCCACUGCAGCUGAUCGCGAGAGCCUGCCCGCGCGCACCACUCAGCAUCAAAAAGCAGCGAACGGUUCCCUGCAGGAGAUGGAGGAGGACAUCAGUCUAAAGAAACGCAAAAGUGAUCAACCUGAAACAAAAGAGCAAGAAGUCCAGACCACACCAGAGCUGGGUGAAAAAGUCAAAAGGAAGCGAGGACGUCCACCGGUGGAGAAACUGCCCCCAAAUCCACCUGAGCUCACCCGACUCCUCAAUACACUGGUGGAUAUGGUCAUCAACUACAAGGAUGGGUAUGGCCGACAGAUAAGCAAAGGCUUUGUGCAGCUUCCCUCCAGGAAGGAGGUACCAGAGUACUAUGAACUGAUACGAAAACCUGUGGAUUUCAGAAGGAUCAGGGAGAGAGUGCGUAACCACAAGUACAGAUGUGUGGGUGAUUUGGAAAAAGACAUUCAUCAACUGUGUCAAAAUGCUCAGACUUACAACCUGGAGGGAUCUCAGAUAUAUGAAGACUCAAUCGUCAUUAAGUCUGUGUUUGAGAGUGCCAGACAGAGAAUUGUGACAGAUGAAGAACAGAAAGACAUCGUGAGCACCAGCCAAAGCAACAAUAGUGGCCAGAAAGAAGACCACUUCGUCCCUGUAGCAGUGAAACCAUUAUUAGAUCCACUAAAGAAGGAGAAAAAGGAGGAGAAAAAACAAACAGCCCUGUCCCAGAUGUUCCACAGUGAUGUCAACAGUGAAGAUACAGAGGUCACUACAAAAGAUGAAGGCUGAAGCAUAGUCCUGUCCUUUUUAUACUUUUAGAUACAGAAUGCCUGUCCUUUUCUGUGUAUUCUUAUUUGGUUUCCCAAACAUUUUUUUUCAAAAGGCUCUUUGAGGAGUAACUCACCAAGAAAUGUUGGUUCCUUGUACAGUUGAACUAAUGCAGAAUACUUACAGAAGUAGACAGUAGGGGUCACUGUGUGGCCUCACAAACUUGUCUGACUGCAUUUUUGCUUAAACUAUUUAAAGGGGAACAGUAGAUCUUACUUCUGAUUGACAUGUUCCUCCUUGUGUCUUUCAGACAAAAUGAUUUAAAAUCGUCUGAAUAGCUAAUUAAAUAAGGUAUAUUAUCCAUCUGUUACAGGUAAUGUAAUUACACUAAUAAGGGAAUAAAGAGGGACAUUCUCUCUGUUUUGACUCAAAGCACAUAGGCCUAUUGUUCUGUCACAUAAUCUUACCACAGUAAUAUGUAUUAUGCAUCCAACAGCAAAGGAAGCCUUUAAAAUAUUUUACUGUAGCCUGUUCCCAGUGCAAAACAUUAUUCUGAUUAGAUUUCCAGUGAGUUACUCUUUACAGGCCAAAAUGGACCAGUGCUUUUUCCCAAACUUGGCUUUUUGCACAUUGUGGAUUUCCAUUCAUGUAGCUAUUUGAAUAACUUCACAUUACAUUUGUAUGCCUUAGUCCCUGUGAUAGCUUAUGUCUUAACUGGUUUUACUGACUGUUUUCAGUAUAUAUCUUUGAUUGUAUAAAAUGACUUCAUAUGUUUGGAGCAUGACAGCCUACAGUAUAAUACAGUCAUAUAAGUGGCUCCCACUCUCAAGAGAAUGUCAGCAAGUACAUGUGUACAAAGUACAAAGUGGAACACAACAAAACCUGUUGUGGUACUUUAUAUUUCCUGAAAAUACAUUUCUGGAGGAAAGGACUUAAAGUAGGCUACUUUCUACUUGUUUGCAGAUAACAUUUGUGUACAUACUCAAGGGUCUUCACCUUGGAAAUUUGUAUCCCUAGUCCUACAUACAGGCUAUUCACAUUGGCCAAUGUACAGUUUGUGUCCUAUGACGAUGAAAUGCUUUUCAUUUACGCAAAUGUUUGAAAAUAAAAUGACAUCGGUAUCAAAACGCACAUUAAAAAACUGCUCUUUUGCGACCACUUAUUUGGUGUUUGGUGUCUUUAUAUUUUCUUCCCAACAGAUGGUGCUGUUUACUGUCUGUGUUUGAAUGUUGAACUGUUCAAAGAAGCUCUUAACCCAUAGCUAAAAAGACAAAUGUGGAGUUGUUUGCAUUUUUUAUGUUAAUGGCAUUAAAAUAUUUGACAAAUUCCUUAU